UUAAAACAACAAGAAUUUAUUUUCUCACAGCCUGGUGACUUGAAAUCCAAAAUUAAAGUGUUGGCACAGCCAUGCUCCCUCUGAAAUAUCUGGGGAAGGAAACCACCAUGCCUAUUCUAGCCACUGUUAGUCCCUGGCAUUCUUUGGAUUGUGGCAGAAUAAAUCCAAUCUCUGCCUCUAUCUUUACAUUAGCAGUCUUUCCUCCAUGUUUAUCUGUCUUUUCCAAUUCCUAUAAGGACAUUAGUCACGUUGGAUUAAGGGCCCAUCCUACUCCAGUAUGACCUCAUCUCAACUAAUAAUAUCCGGAAUAACCCUGUUUCCAAAUAAGGUCACCCCGAGGUAGCAGGGGGUGAGAACUUCAACAUAUCUUUUGAGGGGUUACAAUUCAACCCAUAACAGCUAGUGUACAGAAAUACAAAUUGUUUUUGUUUAUUGAUCGUGUAUAUUGCAGCCUUGAUGAAUUCAUUCAUUACUUCCAAUAGGUUUUAGCAGAACUCAGGAUGUUUUUAGAUCUAAAAUCAUGUCAUUUGCAAAUAGAGGUAGUUUUACUUCUUCCUCACCAAUGCAAACACUUUUAUUUCCUUUUCUUCCAUAAUUGCCCUUGCUAGAACCUCCACUAUAAUGAUGAAUAGAAGUGAAUGUCUUGUCUUGUUCCUGGUCAUAGAGAGAAAUUAUUCAUUCUCACCACUGAGUAUGAUGUUGACUAUGGGGUUUGUAAAUGGCCUUCAUCAGGUUAAGGAAGUUUCCUUCUAUUCCUGGUUUGUGGAACUUUGUAUCAUAAAAAGAUGUUGAAUUUUGUCAAGUGCAUUUACUGAAUCUAGCGAACUGAUGUAAUUUUUUCUCCUUUAUUUAAUCAAUAUUACACAUUAUGUAAAUUGAUACCUGCAUUUUAAAUCAACCUUGCAUUCCUAAAAUAAAUCUCACAUGUUCAUCAUAUAUAAUCUUUUUUAUAUGCUGUUGGAUUCAGUUUGCUAGUAUUUUGGUAAGGAUUUUCAUGUUCAUAUUCAUAACACAUAUUUAUCUUCUUAAAAUAAAUAUCAUAUUUAUGUUCUUGUGAUUGUCUAAUUUUGGUAUCAGAGUAACACUAAUCUCAUAGAAUGAAUUGAGAAGUGUGAACUCUUUAAUUUUUUAGAAGAGUUUGUACAGGCCUGGUAUUAACUCUUCUUUAAAUAUUUGACAGGAUUAAAAAGUGAAGUCAUCUGGCCUAAGCAUUUCUUGGUGGGAAUAUGUUUAAUUACUAAUUAAAUCUUUUACUACUUAUAAGUUCAGUCACAUGUUCUUGUUCUUCUUGAUACAGUUUAGUUUGGGUUUUUCUAGAGAUAUAUAUCAUCUAAGUUAUCUAAUUUGUGGUCACAUAGUUAUUCAUAGUAUUCCCUUAUUAUCCAUUUACGAUAGAUUAUUGAGCCAUACUCCUACUAACAAAAACAGGUUCUUUCUAGUUUUGCUACCAUCGCACUGAUGCAAAAAAAAUUCCUUUUAUAUGCUUUCUUGAGCACAUUGUACUCCUUUCCCGAGAGUAGAUAAAAAGAGAUUUGCUAUAUAACAUGGCAUACACUUUUGUUAUUACUAAACUGUGCUAAAUUGUCCUCGAAAGGGGGAAAUUUCUAUUAUACUAGCAUGGUAAGAGUAUUCAUUCCACUACCUCUCUGCCAAUAGUUGAUAUUAGAAAACUUUUAAUUUUGUAGACAAAAAAGUCAUGGCUUUGUCUUAUAUCUUCCCUGAUCACAGUGAGAUUGAGCAUCUCUUAAAAUGUUUAUUGGCCAAUUUUUUUGUCUUUCCCUUAGUUACCUCCUCUUUAUAUACUUUGCCUAUUUUUCUUAUGUGUUUUUAGGGAGUUAUAGAUUCUUGUUAGUACUCCUUUUUUCUAUUGUAUGAGUACAAAUCUUUUCUCCCAGUCUACUGCUUACCUUGUAACUUGGCUUCAAUUUUGAACGAGGUGUUUUUAGUUUUGAGAGUUGAAUUCCCUCCCUUUUUAUGGUUUUAUUUUCUUACAUUUAGGUCUGUAAUCAAUGUUACUUUUUUAAAUGAUGUGAAUUCAGAAUCUGUCAUUACUUUUUAACCACAUGGAUGCCUUUGCCUUGCCUAUGCCCUAGCUAAUCACUGAAAUUCAUUCACGAAUGUGAAUUUGCCACGUUAGAAUUAUUAUGAUUCCAAUUCUGACAUAAGGUAACUAUUUGUGAUGCAUGCACUUGGGCUAAAGACGCUUUGAAAGGCAAAACAGCCUAUUACCUUCACUUGUAACAUCUAUGCCUCCCUAGAAAAAUGUCAUGAUGGAAUUCUUAACAGGACUGCUUUCCUGUCCAGACCACAUGAUUCAGGUAAUGUACAUUGUUCUUAUCUAACUUAACAACUUCAUCUCUAAGACUGAACACUAGUUCUAAGCAUUCUGUUCACCAAAAAGGAAUCAUAUCUUCACAAACCAUCCUACAAAUCAAUAUCUAAUUGAGAUCUCAAUUUGUCCCACAAUUACAAAAGAAUUUCAAGGCCCUCUAGAUCCAUGCCUAUUUAUUUAUUUCUCAUUAUGCACAAGUGAACAGCUAGACAAUGCACUGACAAGAUCCUGAAGAAUAUGUCUAUUAGCUCCCCCAAAGACCAACAUGAUUGUCCUAUCCUGCUACUAUAUAAAUUUAUGCUUAAUAAUUUAAUAAAAUCCUAGUUUCUAUAUUUUAUCCUAUACUUUUAAAUCACUUUAUUGGUAUGUAAUUUGUGUAUAAAAAGCUACACAUUGGUGAGAUCAUCGGAAAGCGCCGCUCGUGGCGCGGGCAGAGCCGGCGCGUCAUUGUCGUCAUCGUUGCCCGACCGCUUUCCGGGAGACUGGAGUCGAAGGCCGUGAGUCAGCCAUAAUGGCAGGUGAAGAAAUUAAUGCACACUAUCCAGUAGAAAUUCACGAGUAUUUGUCAGCGUUUGAGAAUUCCAUUGGUGCUGUGGAUGAGAUGCUGAAGACCAUGAUGUCUGUUUCUAGAAAUGAGUUGUUGCAGAAGUUGGAUCCACUUGAACAAGCAAAAGUGGAUUUGGUUUCUGCAUACACGUUAAAUUCAAUGUUUUGGGUUUAUUUGGCAACCCAAGGAGUUAAUCCUAAGGAACAUCCAGUAAAACAGGAAUUGGAAAGAAUCAGAGUAUGUAUGAACAGAGUCAAGGAAAUAACAGACAAGAAAAAGGCUGGCAAGCUGGACAGAGGUGCAGCUUCAAGAUUUGUAAAAAAUGCCCUCUGGGAACCAAAACCAAAAAAUGCAUCAAAAGUUGCCAAUAAAGGAAAAAGUAAAAGUUAACUUUUUGGUUUUGAUGUACACAUAUUCAAAAAGUACAUCUUUUUUCCCCCCCCACAAAAUAAUUCUGUGGCAGGGCAAGGUUUAAAUGUGUUUCUUAUUAAUAUGUAAAUUCACAGUAAAUAUGUAAAGCUAAAUACUUUCCUCUCCAAAGAACAUUAUCUUUAUUGAUUUGCACUGAGGAUUUUAACAUUGUGAUAUAUUAUAUAUUUAUAAUUUA